CUCCCGUCACAUAGCAUCCGCGUCAAUAGCGUCAAUAGCUGGAAAAUGGCUUCUGUGAAUCUGCUGCCGCAUCCAAAUGAUUCCGUUGUCACUAGUGGUAAACGCACACCGACGGUGAAAAAGGCAGUUUCACCAUAUCGUGCCGGAACGGCCAGGAGUCGGUUUACAAAGUCGCCCCGUAAAGGCACAUACGGGACGCUUGAAAGAGGCUUGCUAAUCCAGGAUUCCCUAGAAAGUUCAGGAAUUCCGAGAACUAAAAGUUCCAGCGCAGGCGACGUUCAGUUUAUGAAGAAGGAACCGGACGCUGCCGAAUUGGUGAAUAUUUUCAAGCUAGAUGAUAUCAAGUUUUCAGGAUCCGACGAUGAACAGCCGAAACCAACCCCUGUACAGUCAGUGACGUCGGCUACACACGGGGAAAAGGCAACACAGAGGCCGAGUGGUAUACCGGUGAAAACGAGGUCUCAUCUUGGCCGCUCGCAUCGCUCCCAACGAAACCUCAUCAGUAGCAGUGAUUCAAAGACGAUAAAAUUUCUACUCAAGCUAACGACCAAAAGUUACUUCGAAUCUCUCAAGUAUGAAAUCGAUUGUAUCAAAGAGAACGACCGCAAGACACAGGAUCAAACCACCUCCCACGCCUAUUCGAUUAUGACGCUCAUUAACAAAGGGGCGGAGUUUGAUCGAAAGAUGGAAGAUUUGCGCCAGCAAAAUGCUAAACUUUUGCUCGAGUCUCAAGAGAAGGAUCAAUCCCAGCAAGAGACGGUGUAUGCGAUAACAACUGAACUGAAUGAAAUUAAAUCCGUUUGCAACCUUCUUUUGAAGAACAUCGAAAAAGAUCACGAGCUUCAUGUUCUGGCCAAAAAACUUCGCAAAUCCGACAAGUUCGACUCCAAAACAUGUCAAAUGUUGAAAACUCAUCUUCGCAAACCGAUCAACGUGAAUGGCAACCCGAACAAGUCGCAAUCAAAAUUAGUUCGUAAUAAGAAAUCGGUCGCGUCAGUCGCUUCCAAAGCAAGAAGCGAUAAUCUGCUGUCUUCGAAAAAAUCCAAAGGAUCACGCCAUUCGUUGGCCAGACAAAAAAGUGACUGGUCGUUGCUCACCAGUCUGUCGUCGAUUUCGACUGCUUCUGAUUUACUAUCGGACAUUGAGAUAACCACGGAUAAGAAGAGUGAAACGACACAUAAAUCACCGGCACCUUCCAUCGUCAGCGGCAAAUCGGAACGACAAAAUCAAGCAGAGAAACAAUGCAGAAUUGAUCAAGUUCAGAGGAAAGGUAAUAGAUCAUGUCUGAUGAGGAUGCUAUUCUGCGGCAUUAAGGACUCUAAAAAGGAACCGAAACAACAAUGAAAACGAACAUAAAAAUUUUAAAGCUAUAUUUGUAAUAUAUUAUGGUUGGGUAAUCAAGCUGCCACAAGCGAA